CAGCUCAACUCUCGGUGCCGCUAUCGCUGAAAAUGUCCACAGAGGAUCGAGUUACACUACGCCCCAUCUUUAAGCCCCAGUCAGUGCGCCGUUAGCCACAGGACAACAGAGGAUAGGAUAGGACGCUGGCUGCCUCCACACGCAUGCCUUGAAAAAGGGAAGAGUUUGAAAUUGCAGUUAAUGGGGAGAAAUCACAUUCACCUGGAGUUCUAAAAAUGAUAGAAACAAUGGAUACACAGCGUGCCUUGCAGGCGGUGGAGCGUCUCCAGGCCAAACUGAAGGAGCGGGGGGAGGUGCCCACUGAGGAGAAGCUCAGCCUGCUCAAAUCAGUGCUCCAGAGCCCCCUCUUCCACCAGAUCCUGGCCUUGCAGAAGUCUGUCCAGCAUAUCAGAGACCAGGGCAGUGUCCCAGUGUCACGUGGGAUCGACCUUAGCGAUCAUGUCACAGCAGUCAAGCCCGAUGGAAGCCAUGUUUCCUACUCAAACACAUCAGCUGCUACAGAUGACAAGACAUCAUCUGAUGAAUUUGAACAUAUUAUUCACUCUAUGGCACAGGGGCGGAACGUGACGCACGUAGACCUGCAGAAGCCGGCAUCGGGAGGCCUUGGUUUCAGCGUGGUGGGCCUAAGGAGCGAGAACCGCGGCGAGCUCGGCAUCUUCAUCCAGGAAAUUCAACCAGGAAGUGUGGCUCACUGUGAUGGGAAGCUCAAGGAAGCUGACCAGAUCUUAGCCAUUAAUGGGCAGCCCCUGGACCAGACAGUGACCCAUCAACAGGCUAUAGGCAUCCUGCAGAGUGCUUCAGAGAGGGUGCAGCUCACAGUUGCAAGAGGACCGAUACCUCAGCUGUCCAGUCCUGUGGUGUCCCGCACGCCCUCUGCUGCCAGUACACUGUCAGCCAACUCCAGUGCGUGGCAGCACGUGGAGACAAUUGAGCUGGUCAACGAUGGCACCGGUCUUGGCUUUGGUAUUGUGGGAGGAAAGACCACCGGGGUGAUUGUCAAAACCAUCCUUCCUGGAGGCAUAGCUGAUCAGGAUGGCCGCCUGCGAAGUGGGGACCACAUCCUGCGAAUUGGAGACACUGACCUAUACGGCAUGGGCAGCGAACAGGUGGCCCAGGUCCUAAGGCAGUGUGGCAACAGGGUGAAACUGGUGGUUACCAGGGGUCCUGUGGACGAGAAUCCCUCUGUCUCUGCUAUCAUGUCUGUGGUGCUCCCCACUGUCACUGAGCAACAGGACUUUGAGGAAGAAGAAGCUGAAGCAUUUGAUGUGAGCCUUACCAAGAACACCCAGGGACUGGGGAUCACUAUUGCUGGCUAUGUUGGAGAUAAAAAUUCAGAGCCCUCUGGUAUUUUUGUUAAGAGCAUAACAAAAGACAGUGCCGUAGAUCAAGAUGGCCGUAUUCAUGUUGGAGACCAGAUAAUAGCUGUCGAUGGUGUAAACAUCCAGGGCUACACCAAUCAACAGGCAGUGGAAGUGCUCAGACACACUGGCCAGACAGUCCACCUUAAGCUGAUCCGGCGGGGCUUCAGGCCUGAUGACAUCCCCCCCGCUGUGGCCCCCAGUGUCACCGUCCUGCCCCCGUCGACCACCAUCCCUACCACCACCACCGUCAUGAGGGAGAUAGAGAUGGAGAGGAAGAAGGCUGAGGAGGCUGCUCAAGUCACUGCAGAUGAAAAGCCGCUCCAGACAAUGAGCGAAGGAUCUGAUGUCAGCCCAGCCACGGAUCAGCUAACAGAAGACAAACAUGGGAGGAAGCUAACACCCUUUGAAGAGGAAGAACUAAUGAAGAAGUGGCAGGAGAUUCUAGGUCCAAGCAAUGAAGUUGUAGUGGCUCAGGUGGAGAAGUUUAGUGAGAACAGUGGCCUGGGCAUCAGUCUAGAGGCCAGCAGUGGGCAUCAUUACAUCCGCUCAGUUCUACCUGAGGGACCUGUUGGUCGCUGUGGCAAGCUGUUCAGUGGCGAUGAAUUGCUUGAGGUCAGUGGUAUAUCCCUAAUUGGUGAGACCCACAAGGAAGUAGUCAGAAUCUUGAAGGAGCUUCCAUUAUGUGUAUAUAUGACAUGCUGUAGGCCCGCCCCUCUCCUGCAGACUGACAUGGAUGCUAUCCAACCAGAGUCAGAGGCUGUGUCCACGACACCUGAUUUAAAGAAACAAAUAGACCUGAGCAGCGUGCUGGUUGUUGAAGAGUCAGAUGUGAAUGCAGCGGCAGUGACACAGGAUAAUAUGACAGAGGAGGCGAUAGGAUCUCCUUUGGCUAUGUGGGAGUUGGAGAUCCAGAAUAUCGAGCUUGAAAAGGGAGAAGGGGGAUUGGGAUUCAGCAUUCUGGACUACCAGGACCCACUAGAUCCCGCCAAGACAGUGAUCGUGAUUCGCUCACUGGUUCCCAGCGGUGUGGCUGAGCAGGACGGCAGAUUGUUGCCAGGAGACCGACUCAUGUAUGUUAACAGCACCAACCUGGAGAACGCCAGCCUGGAGGAUGCUGUCCAGGCCCUGAAGGGGGCCAAGCUUGGCGCGGUCCAGAUAGGAGUUGCAAAACCACUGCCUGGAAUAUGUGGAUAUUCCCACUCUCCACACCCAUAUGGUGAGCAGGAAAUUACAUCAUCAUCCACCAUCCAUUCAUUUGACUUCAACAAUAUUUUGGUUGAAGAAGGAGAGGAAGAAGGACUGACUGAGGGCAUCGUUUACCGAGCAGAGCCUGCAUUGAUUGACACCAGCGAAGCAGACCUGUCUGAUGAAAAGUUGUUAGAGCAUACAUACUCUGGGAUAGAGGACGACACCUUCCAGACAUCCAUGAUUGCUCUUCAUGGUAGCAGCUGUAGCGCAGACCUGGAUUACUUGCACUCAUCUACGCCCAAGCUGACAGCUCGCCUGGACUUGUUGGACGAGCAUCCCUGCUUUACAGACAACACUCAAGCGUUCUCUCCAGAGAAGUCUGCCCCUUUCACUCCUACGAGUUUGAGAGGUCCCGGCCUGGCUUUUGACGGCAUACUAAGCAGUUCUGAUCAGUACCUGGCACAGCACUCGACCAAUGCAGAACCAGUGGAGUGCUCAAAGUCAUAUACCCCGUUUGCUGACAUAGGGACCAGAUCUGAUGUCCCAGACAAACCUGUGGAGCCUCUUCACUAUCAGAAGGAGCCGCCCAUGUCUUUUGGAGAUAUCAAGUUUUUGAUGAAGGACGAACAGCCUGGUGUGAGAGAAUCAGCAGAAGACAGUGACAAGGAAGUACUGACCUCAGGGAGCAAUUUUGAAAGGACUAUCACAGUUGUCAAGGGCAACUCCAGCCUUGGGAUGACAGUGAGCGCCAUGAAAGAUGGUUUGGGAAUGCUGAUCCGCAGUAUUAUCCACGGUGGGUCCAUAAGCCGUGAUGGCCGUCUGGGUGUUGGUGAUCUCAUCCUGGCCAUCAACGGAGAGCCCACAGCCAACCUGACCAAUGCUCAGGCUCGUGCCAUGCUGAGGAGACACUCUCUCAUCGGACCGGACCUGGGAUCUACUUGCGCACCCGAGGACGAUCUGUGCCCAUUUUAUGUCAUUACGUAUGUUCCAGCAGAGUAUCUGGAAGAGUACAAGGCCAGCCUAGAGCAGGCUAAAGAUGAUGUCUUCUCCGAAACAGCUCCAGUCCCACUUCCAGCUCUAAAAGACAUUCCUAACCUCCCUGAACGGGAAGAUGGAGAGGGAGAGGAGAGCGCCUCUUACAGCAACUGGAACCAACCCAGGAAAGUGGAGCUCUUCCGAGAGCCAGGCAAGUCUCUUGGUAUCAGUAUCGUCGGGGGCCGAGGGAUGGGCAGCCGGCUGAGCAAUGGAGAGGUGAUGAGGGGCAUUUUUAUCAAGCACAUCCUGGAGGACAGUCCUGCUGGACAGAACGGGACCCUGAAGACUGGAGACAGGAUCGUAGAGGUCGAUGGAGUUGACCUAAGAGAUGCUAGUCACGAGGAGGCAGUUGAGGCCAUACGCAGGGCAGGCAACCCUGUCCCCUUCUUGGUCCAGAGUAUUAUCCACAGGCCCAGGAAGCCGCCCCUGCCCUUUCUGCAGCUAAAUAGCCACCACGGGUCGAGCCUUCGCUGCACUAAUCAAACCUUCUUAGCACCUGCCCUCCCUCAGCAGACAUCAAUAACAGACUCCAGUGCGGAGAGAGCAGAAGCUGUGAAAAGGGACAACAAGGACAAGGGGUGUGACAGUCACAGUAGACUUUUCCUCCACCUCUCCCCAACUAACCCUUUCACUCCUACCCCGUUUAAGCCGGCGAAGCGUGAGGCUGCGAAGGCAUCUCCCACCAGCGCUGUCCUCCUCCUGCCAGUGGUGCCCCAUGUGGGAGAGACUGAUACAGACACGCUGACAGAGAUUCCUGGCAGACCUGCUGAGGCAGAGGAGGAGAAGGAGGAGGAGGAGGAGGAGGAGGAGGAUGAGUUUGGAUGCAGCUGGAAGAAAAUAAUCCAGCGCUAUGGCAGCCUCCCAGGUGUUCUACACAUGAUUGAGCUGGAGAAAGGCAAGACAGGCCUGGGCCUCAGCUUGGCCGGGAACAGGGACCGCUCUCGCAUGAGUGUGUUCGUGGUGGGAAUAGACCCCAACGGGGCGGCCGGCAGGGACGGGCGCAUGGUAGUGGGGGACGAGCUGCUGGAGAUCAAUGGGCAAGUCCUUUAUGGCCACAGUCACCAGAAUGCAUCCUCCAUAAUCAAGAGCUCUCCAUCUAAAGUCAAAAUUGUCUUUGUCAGGAACACGGAGGCGCUGAACCAGAUGGCUGUGGGACCAGUGAGAGAACACGAGGGAGACACAGAGGUGCCCCACACUGAGCUAGAAACAACUGCAGCUAAUGGCGAUGCCGAUACUUCCAGUUAUGUGCAUCACAUCAUAAAGCUGAAGGAGGACGGAGGACUUGGCAUCACCUUUGUGGAGGGGAACACUGAGAGUGGAGUUGAGAUUCAGAGUAUAUCUGAGGUGAAAGGACAUACGGGCAAAGAGGGCUGCAUGAAACCAGGGGACAAACUUUUAGCUGUGAAUGGGGAAUCAGUGCUAGGCUACACUGUGGAAAAGGUCAAUUCUCUACUGAGAAAAACCAAAGGCCCAGUGAAGCUAACCUUCUCUACAAAUGAGACCUUCCCCUCCUUCUCCUCUCCCCAGUCAACCUGCCAGGACAGGAGUUGCUCGGAUGACGUCCUUGCCAGCCUACCCAGCAUUGCUAGUGCUGCCACGACAACCCUGAGUCAAACAGAGACGGAAGCAGUAACUAGUCAGAGUCGCUCAUCCACCCCUUCCACUCUGGCCUGUGACCCGGCGACCUGUCCCAUCAUCCCUGGCUGUGAGACCACCAUCAACAUCUCCAAGGGCCGCACAGGCCUGGGCCUUAGCAUCGUGGGAGGCUGUGACACCCUGCUGGGGGCCAUCAUUAUCCAUGAGGUUUAUGAAGAAGGAGCAGCCGCGAAAGAUGGCCGGCUUUGGGCAGGGGACCAAAUCCUAGAGGUGAACGGUAUCGACCUGCGUGAAGCCAGUCAUGAUGAAGCCAUCAAUGUGUUGCGGCAGACCCCGCAGAGAGUCCAGUUGACGGUCUACAGGGAUGAGGCCCAGUACAAAGAGGAAGACCUGUGGGACUCGUUUACUGUAGAGCUGCACAAGAAGCCUGGCCAGGGCCUGGGCCUGAGCAUUGUAGGGAGGAGGAAUGACUCAGGAGUGUUUGUGUCCGAUAUUGUGAAAGGAGGUUUGGUGGACACCGACGGCCAACUGAUGCAGGGCGACCAGAUCCUGUCAGUCAACGGCGAGGAUGUCAGGUCGACCACUCAGGAGGCCAUGGCUGCACUACUCAAGUGCUGUGUGGGGCCUAUAAAAAUGGAAGUGGGGAGGUUUAAGGCAGGCCCGUUCCACUCUGAACGCAGGCUGUCUCAAAGUAGUCAGGUGAGUGAAACAGGCAGCUCCAAGGUGGCCUCUCAGUCAUGUUCAGACUAUGGAAAUCUCCCUGAUGACCCUGACAAACUAAGUCUGGAUUCUGCGGAGCAUCAGGACACCAGAACAGUCGAGUUCACUAAAGGUCCCAAUGAUUCUCUGGGUAUCAGCAUAGCAGGCGGCGUGGGCAGCCCUCUGGGUGAUAUACCCAUCUUUAUCGCCAUGAUGAAUCCCGUCGGCGUGGCUGCUCAGACCCAGAAGCUCAAGAUUGGGGACCGAAUUGUCAGUAUCUGUGGAACCUCUGCUGAAGGCAUGAGCCACUCCCAGGCUGUCACUCUGCUAAAGAACGCCACGGGCACAAUACAGCUGCAGGUGGUAGCGGGCGGUGACACCACUGUGACGGGUCCCCCACAGGAGCAGGCAGCCGGAGGUCUUACACCCAGCUGUAUCUUCCAGGAUGACCUCGGCCCACCUCAGUAUAAGACCAUCACUCUUGGAAGAGGACCAGACGGACUGGGUUUCAGUAUAGUCGGAGGGUAUGGCAGCCCCCAUGGAGAUUUGCCGAUCUAUGUUAAAACAGUGUUUGGAAAGGGAGCAGCGGCCGAGGACGGCCGUCUGAAGAGAGGAGACCAGAUAAUGGCCGUUAACGGGCAGAGUCUGGAGGGUGUCACACAUGAAGAAGCUGUCGGCAUCCUGAAAAGGACCAAAGGAACUGUCACACUCACUGUGCUAUCAUAAACGUGCAUAUGCAAACACUCACAAUCACACACAUUAUCUUCACUACAUACACCCAAAAUUAAUCCACAUCUAUAAAGAUAUAGAGACUAUCAAUAGGAUAACUCAAACCAGCAACAUUUCACACCUACAAGAUUGUGCUAACAUCACCAGAUGUUCACCUGUGAAAAUAUGCACACUGAAAUAUGAACAGCCAUACAGAUGAUCAUGAAGCUUAUUCCUGAAUCUAGCGUUGAACACUGUGAUCCACGUAAGCCUACUGCAGCUCCACAUACGUAUCGCUCCAAAAAUAGUAUGCAAAGUAGAUACAAAUAACCGUUUUAAUUAGUUGUUACAUGAAUGUCAAAGAGGUUGUAAAUAGUAUUAGAAACAGAGGUCAACUCAUCGUUUCAUUCCAUGGCUCUGGUAUGAAGUAUUCACUGGAAAUUGCGGCUCAAGUAUUUUGCUGUUUCCUGUAUUGAAAUGAAUGGAUUGUGAGAUCAGUGUUUUACAGCUGAAAGCAUCCCAAAUCAACAACUUCUACAGUGAAAAAAACUAUUUUUACAGUCUGGGGUCUACUGAUAGCAGCGACCUCCUACUAAAUUCAGAACAUAAAACAGCAAGAAAAUGCCCUCGAAGCAUUAUUCCAGAUUAGCAGGAUCUACCUAAUGGCUAUAUUAGCUGAUAAUAACAUUAUUUGUCUUUUAUAUUGCACUGCUAUGGGCAAUUCAUCAUCCCAAUUUUCCUGAAAGGCUGAUGCUGCUAUAACUGGUGUAAGUCACUGUAGGAGUCUGAUAUUGUAAAUACACAGUGUGUUAACACUUCCCUGAAGGGAAAUAUGUGUCUUGGUCCUUACACUAAGAAGGUUUGAGUGUAUACGGUUGUGUGUGUGUGUGUGUGUGUGUGUGUGUUUGUGUGUGUGUGUGUGUGUGUGUGUGUGCGUGAGACCUAGAAUGUAGUGCUGCUAAAGCUGAGGUAUUAUGGUAUGGUAUUAUGUCACAGUAUUUGGAUAUAUAAAAAAGUAUUAAUUUGUGUACACUUCAUGAAAGUGCACAGAAAAGUAAAUGACCUGCUAUUUUGGUUGGAAUGGAUGAGCUGGUUCUUCCUAAUUUGAACUGGUCAAAUGAUUAUAUAAUGGACCUGAGCUAAUUUUGACCUUAUUAUUUACCCAAAACAAAGUCAUGUAGUGUGUCAUUUUUGAAAUCAUUAGGGCAUAUGUUGUGUGGUCUAGUUUCAGAGAAAGUUGUCAGUUCUCUCUUAUCACCUUAAAUAGGUGAUAGUACUAGUACUGUUAAUGUAACAGUAUUUAUUCACACUGAAUUAAAUAAAAGUGACCUUUGGAUUCAA